AUGCCACAGAUAAUUUUUCUAUAUUUUAUUAUUCUCCAACUUAUAUACUGGCUAUUUGAUUUUCAGGGUACAUUGCCAGAUGGGAGAGAUAUAGCUGUGAAGAUGCUUUCAAAUAAUUCGAGACAAGGACUGAACGAAUUUUGUUGCAUUCAAAAAAAUGAAAACAUUUUAAUCUAUGAAUACAUGCCCAACAAAAGCUUGGACUACUUUAUUUUUGAUAACGCAAAGAGUAAAUUACUAGACUGGAAUAAGCGCAUCAACAUUAUUCGUGGCGUUGCUAAAUGGCUUCUCUAUCUUCAUGAAGACUCUAGACUGAGAAUUAUUCAUAGAGAUCUCAAAGCUAGCAAUAUCCUUCUAGAUAACAAAAUGAAUACAAAAAUUUCGGACUUUGGCCUAGCUAGAUCUUUUGGGGGAGAUCAAAUUGAUUCCGAGACCAAUAGGAUUAUUGGAACGUAUGGUUAUAUGUCUCCCGAGUAUGCGGUGCAUGGACAGUAUUCAGUCAAAUCUGAUGUAUUUAGCUUUGGAGUUUUAGUAUUAGAGAUAAUGAGUGGGAAGAAGAACAAAGGAUUUUACCAUCCAGACCACCAACUUAAUCUUCUUGGACAUGCAUGGAAACUUUGGAUUGAAAACAGACCAAUAGAACUUAUGGAUGAAUUGGUUGGUGACUUGUGCACUCUAUCUAAUGUAUUACGACACAUUCAUGUGGGUUUGUUAUGUGUGCAACAAAGACAAGAAGAUAGACUAAACAUGUCGUCUGUGGUUCAAAUGUUUAGCAGUGAGAAUUUAUUACCUAAGCCGAAACAAUCGGGUUUCUUUACAGAUUCACCUAAAGCCGAUUCUUCUUCUAGCAAGCAUGGAACUUGUUCAGCAAACGAAAAUCACCACUACAAUAAUUGA